AUGUCUCCUAGCGCUCUUGCAGAAACCUCCGUCGAUGUCCUAAUUGUUGGUGCUGGCCCAGCAGGUCUUAUGCUCGCUAAUGGCCUUGCUAAGGCUGGGGUCAACUUCCGCAUUAUCGAUAAGAGGCCCGACAAAGUUGUAGCAGGUCAGGCUGACGGUAUUCAACCUCGAACAAUUGAAGUCUUGCAGAGCUAUGGACUCGCCCAGCGAUUGCUCGGCGAGGGGAAUCAAAUACACAUGGCGGCAUUCUAUAAUCCCUCCGCAGAUGGCGGAAUCAAGCUCACCGACCGUGUCCCUGAUAUCACCGCCGAGAACGCGAGGUACCCCUUUGAAGUGACUCUUCACCAAGGCGCCAUCGAAGCUAUAUUUUUGGACUCGUUACGUUCUAUGGGAAUCCAAGUCGAGCGACCGGUUGUGCCGAUAUCGAUGGAGAUCACAGAAGACGUUACAGAACGGAGAGACCCAAAUGCCCAUGCCGUUCGGGUGACAUUGAGUCGUCUUGACCCUGCACCAGGUCAAGCUCCCAUUGAGAUAGUGAACGCGAAGUUUGUUGUUGGGGCUGAUGGUGCACAUUCAUGGGUCCGCAAGUCGCUCAACCUCUCCAUGGAUGGAGAACAAACGGAAUAUAUCUGGGGUGUCGUUGACAUGAUUCCAGAUACUGACUUGCCUGAUAUUCGCAACAAAACAGCAAUACAUUCUAUCAAUGGCUCUUGUAUGGUCAUCCCUCGAGAAGGGGAUAAGAUCCGAUUGUAUAUUCAGCUAGAAGGAAAGGACGCCAUCAAUGCCGCGAGCGGUAGAGUGGACAAGUCGAAGAUGGGACCAGAAAGGCUGCUAGAAGUUGCCAGGCGAUCAUUCUAUCCAUACACUAUUAAAAAUCCUAAAGAAUUUGACUGGUGGACCAUCUACAUCAUCGGCCAGCGAGUCGCUUCCAGGUACUCUGUUGGCGAACGUGUUUUCAUUGCUGGAGAUGCAUGCCAUACUCACUCGCCUAAAGCUGGCCAAGGAAUGAAUGCGAGCAUAAACGACACGCAUAAUUUGGCUUGGAAGCUUGCAUAUGUCCUACGCGGCUGGGCGGACCUUUCCCUGCUCAAAACGUACGAAUCUGAAAGGCGACGAUACGCGCAGGAUCUCAUCAACUUUGACAAGAAGUUUGCCAAGCUCUUUUCCGGUAAACCGAUAACCAAGGAGUUCAAGAACGGCGUCUCUCAUGAAGAAUUCCUUCGGGCCUUCCAAACAUCCGGAGCAUUCUCAUCGGGCAUCGGCGUACAUUAUAGCGAAUCGAGCAUCGUUAACAGUACAUACCAAGACGUUGCCUCCAAGCUUGUCAUCGGGAUGCGCAUACCUCCCGAGAUGGUUGUUCGAGCAGCUGACUCACGUCCAUUCAACAUUCAAGAUCUCCUCCCAUCAGAUGCACGAUUCAAGCUAAUCGUCUUCACUGGGGAUACAUCAAGCGCAUCUACUCUUGCCGUGCUGCAGCAAUCAGCCAACGAGCUCCAGUCCGUUCUAACCAAAUACUGCGCUUCAGGACCGAUUACGUCCGUGUUCGACAUAAUCUCAAUCAGCUCUGAGAGCAAAGCGACGAUUUUGUAUAACGCACUACCUCCCUUUUUGAGGAGCCAUUGGACGAAGGUUUACAUAGCCGAUGUUAAUGGCCUCGGGGACAACAAUGUCUAUACCAGAUACGGAGUUGCUCCCGAGGGUGCUGUGGUGGUUGUUCGUCCCGAUGGAUAUGUCGGGAUGGUCAUUCCACUGCGAAAGAUCGAAGGCUUGAACUCAUAUUUCGAGUCGUUCAUGGGAUGUUAA